AUGGUGACUUCAUGUGCCGCUUCCUCGAAAUUGGCGCUGUCUGUCGCUCUGCGCAAUGUCUAUCGCUCACAGAUGAUCGGUAGUACUGGCGCUUUGGUCAGCCCCUAUCACGGACGAUUCAGCUUCUCUUCUCCUGUUCCUUCAUCACACUGCAACUUUCGUCGACUGUUCAGUUCCUCUUCGUACCUACGCGAUCCUCAAAAUGAAUCAUCCGAGUUGACUUCCCCUGAUGCCUCAACUUCUGCCGAUGCCGCACCGUCUCAGCGCAAACCCCGGAAGACAUUUGAUCGGCCCGGCGACAAGGGUGGAUGGAAUUCCCACAAACGCCAGCCCAAGAGCCAGAAGCAAGAUCCAGAGCAAAAAAGUGGAAGGACCGACAGAGAGCGCAGGGCUUUCCGUAACGAAACCCGACGGGAGAUCAAAAAGCAACCUCGCAACUGGGAGGAAGACAAGGCAAAGGCCAGGGAGGAAUUUGAGAAGCAGAGAAAGAAAAAGCCAGAGAAUUGGCAAGUACAGAAGGCAGCUUUGAAAGAGAAGUUUGCUGGCGGUUGGAACCCACCUAAAAAGCUAUCGCCCGAUGCACUUGAUGGAAUCCGUCAUCUCCACGCGAAGGCUCCUGAACAAUUCACCACCGCCGUCCUCGCGCGGGAGUUUGAAAUGUCCCCGGAGGCCAUUCGACGAAUUUUGAAAAGCAGAUGGCGUCCUACUGAAGAUGAGAUGGACAGUCGUCGCCAGCGAUGGGAGAAGCGACACGACCGCAUUUGGAGUCGCAUGGUUGAACUUGGUCUUCGUCCUUCAAACAACCGCGAACAACCCUCGUCUGACUACCAUGUCCUUUAUAAGGACAACGCCAACGAUCGCAAAUCGUCCUGA